CGUUACAGAGGUAGAUACUAGCCGUGUAAAAACAGCUGGCGCGAGUGCAUUUGUUGGCCUCUACGUGACAGUCGCCAGACUUGUCACGCAUGAACUAGACUCCAUCAGUGAUGGCACCGUAGUCGCAAAAGUAGUAUCCUCAUAGCAUAUUUUCACACGGAGGAGCGCCCUUUGAAGGUUAAUUAAAAUGCAAGAUAGCAGAGCAAUCAAACCAUGCAGUAGCCCACUUAAAGUCCUAAACAUCGACGGCCAUCUGACACUCAAUGUCCUCAAAACCGAGACCGGUGCGUGUGGCAACGUCGCCAUCGUCCGUGAUUUUGUCACGCCACGCGAGGUUUCCCAUGUCCCUGGCGCCGGCUGCCAACUCGAGAUCUUGGCAGUGUCGGCUAUCAGCUGUAGCUUGUGGUUGGCUGCUGACAAUGUACGAAAAGCAACAGCACCGUGGCGACAACGAUGAGUCUGAAAUACAACAUCUCGUACGUGCUGUCAUAUUUAAUUCUGGGGUUUGUUGAUGUCGAGUGUCAGCGCAGACAUAUGG